GAUUGACGUUUCCGUUGUCGAGCGUCAGUUCUAGCUCUCAAGCUUUUGCACAAAGUGAGAUAAGUUUUGAGAGAUCGAUGGCUUGUGACGAGGAUCUGUUUUUCGAGAGUGCGAUGGAGCUGGCCCUGGAGGCAGCGCAAGUGAUGAGGAGCUCCAUCGUAGCUGUUAAAACAGUGAAGGAGAAGCAGGGGGAUUGGGACCUGGUGACAGAGUAUGACAGGGCAAUUGAGGACAUAAUCGUCGGGAAGUUGAAACUGCAGUUUCCCACCCAUAAGUUCAUCGGGGAGGAAUCAACUGGAGACCAUCUCCCAGAGUUGACAAAUGAUCCUACCUGGAUAAUUGAUCCUAUUGACGGUACCAUGAAUUUUAUUCAUGGCUUUCCUCACACCUGCAUCGUUAUAGGACUCAGUAUUGACAAGGAAAUGAGAAUUGGAAUUGUUUACAAUCCUAUUUUGGAGCAAUUGUUCACCGCGAGGAAGGGAAAAGGGGCUUUUCUCAAUGGAAGACCCAUCAGGACGUCCAGUGUCGACAGUCUAUCAAAAUCUCUGAUUUGCCUGGAGUCUGGUUUCCUCAAGGUCAAGAGUUUGAGAGAGAAAAUGCUGGAGAGGAUCAAAAUAAUCUCAGCACAAACCCAGGGUUUGAGAACUCUCGGUUCUGCUGCCCUUACCCUCUGCUACGUGGCCCUGGGGGUGGUGGAGGGGUACCAGAUUGAGGGACCUGGGAUUUCCACAUGGGACAUCGCAGCGCCGUCCUUGAUUAUUUCUGAAGCCGGUGGUGUUGUUGUCGAUCGUGUAACCGGAAACCGCGUGGACUUGAUGAAUCCACGAGCCAUCGCUGCGUGCAACGAGAAAAUUGCCAAGGAGCUGACGAGGAUUGUCUGGGAAGCUGACAGGAGGGCAGAGGCAACAGGAAAUUCACUGGUGGACUAAAUAUUUUAUUGUAAUCAAAAACCCAUAAAUGUAACUCUGAAAAAAUGUAUGACAUCGGUCUUCUAUAUUGAAAAAUACAAAUGUACUUAAUUAAAGUCAA